UCAAAUACAAUAACUAUGAGGCUAAUAAGAGGCCGUGCCAGUGUGACACACCUGGAGACCCUACUGCACCUGUUUGUAAAUCAGACAAACAACGAGGAUCUUUUGUGCCUUCUUGGAAACAAACAUUGUGCAACACAAGGAGACGCAACCGUAUAUAUAAACAAAGAGAAAGUGAACAUAACCACAUCUCAACUCUACCUGACCAUGGCAGUCUCAAACCUCUUCCUCCUGGUCAUAGCCCUCCUGAUUGGCACAGCUUGUUCCCUGAGAUGUUUCUCCUGCACUGCUCUGAGCAGAAAUGAAGACUGCAGAAACACGGAAACUUGUUCCUCGUCUACCGAUUACUGCAUGACUACUGUCGCUUCCGCUGGAAUAGGUUCCCUGAAAUACACGUCCAUCACUAAAACCUGUUCCCCUGCCUGUAAGGAGAGCAGUUUUGGGACUUCUGUGGGUUCUGGUUCAGUUUCAUGUUGCAGCUCCGAACUGUGCAACACGAGUGGUGCCAUUGGAAUAAAGUACAGUUACCCAGCCCUGGUUCUGUCCCUUGGAUUCUUUUUGCUUCUAAUAAGAAACUGAUCACUAUAAAACCCCCAGCACAUGGGGUGCAGAAUUUUAGCAUCCCAGAGCUGUGAGUUUUGAGUUCUUGAACAUUCCUCUGUAUGUCCUCUCUGGCAUUGGACAGAGGAGAGCAUGUGAUCCAAGAAGCAGUUCUUUUUUUCUCAUUAUGUGCUCUGUUCUGUCCAAUGACAGUAAGCGCUCACAGAGGAAAGCUC